AAACGGAACAGCAUUCUGGAUCUGAAGUUGAAAGUUAAUUGGAAAGAGAGGGUGAUUGAUCCGGCAGAUCAGUUUUAUUAUGUUUGGAUACAGGUCAUGAUCUUUCCCAUUGUCUACAACUGGGUGAUCAUCAUUUUGAGGACAUGCUUCACUACAAUUGCACUGAGCUACCUACCUGUGUGGCUUACACUGGACUAUCUGUCAGACCUCAUGUAUAUAAUUGACAUGAUUGUCACUGUUCACACAGGUUACUUGGAUCAGGGCAUCCUGAUAAAAGACCUAGCUCAGCUGAAGAACCACUACCUGCACUCAAAACAUUUCUUAAGGGACCUGGCUUCCUUGAUGCCCACUGACUUCCUCUACUUUGCCUUUGGCAUCCAAACUCCGAUGGUGAGGAUCAACCGGCUUCUCCGUUUGCCACGACUCAGCGAGGCCCUGGAUCGAAUGGAGACGAGAACAUCCUACCCCAACACCUUCCGCAUCUCCAAGCUCAUGAUCUACAUCUUUGUGUUGAUCCACUGGAAUGCCUGUCUCUACUUUGCACUGUCCAGCUACAUUGGCUUUGGAAGUGAUAACUGGGUCUACCCCAACAUCACCCACGUAGAGUUUGCCUCCAUGCGCCGUCAGUACUUUUACUGCUUCUGGUUCUCUGCCCAGAUUUUCACCACAGUAGGAGACACCCCUUUGCCAAAAAGGGAAGAGGAGUACUUGUUUAUGAUUGCAGACCUGCUCAUUGCCGUGCUGGUGUUUGCAUCAAUUGUUGGCAAUGUUGGUAACGUCAUCUCAAGCCUGAGGGACCGUGAUAAUGUCUUCUUCCCUAACCAUGAGCUGGUGAAGGCAUACCUACGUAGCCAUUACAUAAGCAAGGAGCUUCGACAGCGUAUCGACAACUGGUACCAGCAUCUUCACAUCAAUAAGAAGAUCAUGCGAGAGAAUGAAAUCCUGCAGCAGUUGCCCUUGCACCUGAGGACAGAGAUCGCUGUCAGCGUUCACCUUCCCACACUCUCCAAAGUCACCAUCUUCCAGAGCUGUGAGAAAAGUUUGCUGGAGGAGCUGGUGCUAAAGUUAACACCUCAGGUGUUCAGUCCAGGAGAGUACGUCUGCAGGAAAGGAGAUGUGGGCCAUGAAAUGUACAUCAUCAAAGAGGGAAAACUUGCUGUGGUAGCAGAUGAUGGGGUCACAGAGUUUGCUGUGCUGAGUGAAGGGAAUUUCUUUGGGGAAAUCAGUAUCCUCAACAUCAAGGGCAACAAGUCCGGCAAUCGUCGCACUGCCAACAUCCGAAGCAUUGGCUACUCUGACCUGUUUAGUUUGUCCAAAGAAGACCUGACAGACGUGUUGUCAGAGUUCCCUGCAGCCAAACAUCACCUGGAGGAGAAAGGCAGACAGAUCCUCACCAAGAUGGGCAUGCUGGAGGAGAGUGGAGACGGAGAGGAGAGGGAGGCAGAGAAAGUGGAAACCAAGAUAAAAAGGCUGGAGAGCAACUUAGAAGUCCUGCAAACAAAACUAGCACGACUAAUGGUUGAACUAGAGUCGAGCAACCGCAAGAUGCAGGCCAGGGUGGAGCAGCUCGAGUGGGAGGCGGCAGCACUGGACACUCAGCUGCCAGAAAAUGGAAAAGAAGGAGAAACAGCACAGGGGAGAGGUGAAGGGGUGGGUGGGGAGGUUGUAUGGGAGCGAGAAGAGGCAGAAGGAGAGGAGGAAGAGGAGGGUUCAGAUGCAAAGGUGAAAAAACAGGGGCAGGGAGAAGAUAGUAAUGAUGUGACCAAAGAGGGAGAUGGACAGAGCACUAAAAGCACAAAGGAUGAUGUGGAGAGGGCAGCUAAGGGAGAUAAAACUGGGUUAAAGGACCCAGAUGACCAGGAAAAGAAAAAAGAAGAUGAUGGAGAGAAAAACCAAGAGAAAGGAGAUGACAGACCUGGGAAAGGAGAUGGAGCUGAGAUUGAACCUGAAGACAAGAAAGAGGAGAAAAGUGAAAGGAGAGAACCUAAAGAGGGGAAAGAAAAGGUUGAAGAAGACUCAAAGAAAAGAGGAACAGAGCAGAAAGAUGAAGGA